AUGAUUUCUCCCAACACCAUCGUCGAAGAAUCAGAGACUGGUUUUGAACUCAAGAAGAGCGUUUCUUGGAAGAACGUUCAUGUUCGUGAAUAUAACUUGACAGUCGGGGAUCAUCCACUUUGCAGAGACAACCUCCCACUCACCUUGGAUUGGGCUCACAGGAACGAAAAAGUGAAGCAUAUCAAUACCAGCAGGGAGCGAAAGGCAAACUAUGUCUUCCCCAAGAGAUUGAGCUACGAAGACCGCAAAAAACGGCUCUAUGGGGAUGAUGCCAGCGUCAGUAGUGACAAGAGCCAAGAGAGUAUUUCAUCGGUGAGCACCUCAGGCACUAUUCCAGCGCGAAGCCUGAUGGAUUUGAUUGAAGGGGAUAAGGCACAUACCGAGGCAUCCAACGGUGUCUUUUAUUGUCGCCAUGCCAUCAAGGAUGAGGCAAUUGACGGAGGGAAAAGCAGCAAUGACACCGAUGAGGAUAGCUUGAGCUACUUCCUUGAUUGGCGUCGCUUUGCUGGUUACUAA